GAGCUGGCAAGACAUAAUAACGCGACGGUCCUGCUUCACGUCUUGCGUAAUAAGAGGCUGAUAUUACAAGAGUCAACUACCACCGUGAUCUACUUUUCUUCUGAUCUUCCCUCGUUGACAACUCCAACUUGACGAUAACCUCACGAUACCUUUCGUUCGAGAAGCCGAAAAGAACUCUGGUCUUUCUGGAGAAUCCCGGCCACUUUUGCCUCCUCCGCACUCUGCAUCUCAUCUCACCCGAAAAGCCCGCCGUUAAGCGCAACGCUGCAGCUGCAUCCAUCCCACAUUAGCACACUUUUCUUGCGCCCUACCUACUACCCCGGUCGACAAACGACUUACACGAAGGAACGGGAAACCCAAAAGGGGAAAUUCACAAGAGAAGGAGUCAUCGCAGUCGCAAAAAGUCUGCAUUUGUUCAUUUCCCAUACCCCUUCACUCUACGAUCUCGACUUCGAUCAACCCGAGAUUCCAAAACAGUUGGUUUUCUCUUUAAAGCCAUCCACGCCUGUUGCGAACGAGAGAACGAAAAGGGUCUACAUCAUCUGCCCUACAACACCCCGCACCUCACUACCAUCCAUCGCUUUGGUCGCUUUUAUCCCAUCUUUCUUCCUCUCAGCGCGCAUAGCGGAAGUAGAUCCCGUCCACCACCACCGCAACCCAGCCCAAACAAGCUUCGUUCUUGGCUGUUCGACGCCAUAAAGAAAGAAAAACCCAAACGGGCAAAGGACAGAACGAGAAUCAGACCUUGUGCUCCUACCACCCACAUCACCUGGACCUUUCCUUGCAAGGAUUCGAGAAUAGCAAGAGGAAACAAGUCAUCGCGCUCCACACUCUUCUCUUCUCUCACUUUUCCAAGUCUCUCUGUCCAAGUACAAAGAGAAAAGGGCCCCCGGACACAUCUUGGUCUGCCCAUCAGACCCAUACCACACAUCACUCGUCAGUCAGUCAGGGAACAUCAGCAGACCUGCCGCAUUCCGUCCAUCAGCUCAUCAACGCACUUACACUACACACACCGCCGCUCGCCCUCGGCCUCGCGCCUUACACCCUUACCACCACACGCCCACCCGAAAGAACCUGCGCGCGCCCGCAUCAACCUCGCCUAUCCUUCGGGAUCCGGCGAAUCGACUCUUUUUGUCCUUUUUAGGAUUCCAAAAAUUUCUGACGGAACCCAUUAUCCUCUUGGACGAACCUACGCCCUAAAAACGUCACACCACCUCCCUUAUUUUGCGGUUCAUCCGCCCCCUCACCCCCUUUAACCCCUGUCCAUCUUGUUGGCCCAUCUUAGCCAGCCAAGAUUUACAAAAGAAGACUUGAGGGCCGCAACCGAACAUUCCAAGAUUCAGCAAGCCCUCGAAAUCCGGGGAACGCACCACACAACCGCACCCAAUCAUGCCCCACCGCGUAGCAAACUUCCUGCGGAAUUCCACUGAGAACUUCAGUGUUUCUGCCAUUGCAAACCUCAAGACUAAGACCAAGCAACACCAGCAACAUCACCAACCCCGUCACAACAACGUCCAGGACGAAGGCUUGUUGCGCAGAGUCCCCCUCGACCGCCACUCUUCCUACUCCUCCGAUGACGGCGAGCACAUCCCUUACCACAACAUGUUCGCAGCAGAUCCCGCAGACCACCUCAAGGAGAAGAAGCACCACCACCACCGCCUCUCUCUGCCAUUUGGCCGCUCCAACAAGGAUUCACACGAGAACUCGCACGCAGGCCUCGACCUGAAGAUCGAGAGCCCGCCCAUUGUUUUCUUUGGCGAUGCAGAGUCAUCUACGGGCGCCCUCGUCUCGGGCCAGAUGCAGCUCGAAGUCAAGGACGAGCAGCUGCAGAUCGAGACCUUUGGCGCCAAGCUCAACAUCCACGUCCAGCAGAAGCGCCCCUUCACCAACCACUGCGGCGAGUGCACCAACCAGUACACCGAGCUGAAGCGUUGGACGUUCCUCACGCACCCCACGACGCUCAAGAAGGGUAUUCACCAAUUCCCCUUCUCCAUCCUCCUCGAGGGUCACCUUCCCGCGUCCAUGGACACACCCAUCACGUCCAUCGCCUACGAGUUCAAGGCCGAGGCCAUCCUCGUCAAGGGCACGCCCGGUUCGCAGACGCCCAUCAAGUUCGAGCAGAACUUUGACGUCAAGCGCUCCCUCCCUCAACCCGAGUUCCCGCAUCACUCUGUCCGCGUCUUCCCUCCCACCAACAUCAAGGCCAGCGCCCACUACAACCAGGUGAUCCACCCGGCCGGCACUCACAACGUCUCGUUCCGCCUCGACGGCCUCACCAGCGCAAACGCCACCAACAAGACGGUCGAGUUCUGGAAGCUCAAGAAGGUUACGUGGAAGCUUGAGGAGACCAUCAAGACCGUGGCUCCCGCCUGCGAGAAGCACGCCCCGGUCCCCGGCAACGCCAACAACAACACCCAGCCUCAGCAGAAGGGUGUCGCCCGCACCGAGACCCGCGUCCUCGGUGAGAAGUACAUGCACGACGGCUGGAAGUCCGACUACACCAGUACAGACGGCCACGUCGAGUUUGAGUUCGACUACGGCGUCGUCGCCAGCAAGCACAGUCACGGCCCGCGAUACGCCUGCGACAUGAAGUCGAGCGACGGCACCGAAGUCUCUCACGCACUCAUGAUCGAGAUGGUCGUUUCCAAGGAAUGGGCGCCCGUCGGCAAGCCCCACCUCGCGACGCAGACGGGCACCGGACGCAUCUUGAGGAUGCACUACCACGUGAUGCUCACCGAGUGCCCCGGUCUCGGCGUCAGCUGGGAUAACGAGGCGCCGCCCGUUUACCAGGACGUUCCCCCCUCGCCGCCCGCGUACCCCGACGAAGCGGCUCCCGUCGACUACAUGAGCCUUGAGCACCUUGACGGCCAAGCGCACAACGGACUGGCACAUAGCCGGGAGGGAUCCGUUACCGGCGGAUCCACCACGUCAUGACACCACCACCACUAGAGGAGGAGAGUCAUGAAAGAUAAUUAAUCAACACAACCAAAAAAAAUCACAUACAAUAAUUCAAGAGACGGGAUGAAAAGGAAAACAAAAAGUUAAUGGAUUUAGGAUUUGCUUAUUUUUUUCAACCGCAUUAUACCCCCUGGUUUCCGAACCGGGCGCUUGUUUUCUUAUAGGAUUAUAACUUUUUUGGCGGGAAAGACAGUGUCACAACUCAGUUGGAUUUUUUUACAAUGGAUUUUUGAAGAGAUGCAUGGCAUUGAGUGAAAUGACCAUGAGAAAGUGUUUUGCAUUGCGAGGCGUUCUACGGGGACUUUGGACAGAGCUGAUGGAAGAGGCGCAUCAUCGAUGAUGCCAAGGUUCCCGUCACAUGGCUUCUCAGUAGCUAGCUCGAUAUGGAAACAUACAAUUGAAG